AUGACAGAGGAGAUCGUGAAAACGAUUCUCCCGUCAUAUUUUGUGGAAAUAUUCAGGAGCGAGAAGAAAUUGUGCGCGAAUCCAGCAAAUUUUAGAAGAAGACGGGACGAUAAAAACGCGAAUAUACAAUAUGGAGUCGUGCAACAUGAUAACAAUAUGGACGAUGCUCAAGCACACGAGAUUAAAAAUCAACCUACAGCGGGUGUUAAAAGCAUAAAAGUUCCAAUGUUCUUGUCAUUCCUCGUUUUCUACGUGUGUGUCGUAAAUGUGAUAACUGUGUGUGAUGUUAGUAUUAAUAAUAGUGUAAAUAACAGAAGUCAAAAUAACCUGCAGUACGUGGCUAAAAGUGACUUACUACGAAAAUACUCGAACGCUACCUAUAAAAGAAAGAGAGAUUACUCUAAUUUAACAAUUGAUAUUGAUGACGUGCAACUAACGAGAAACGUGUACGAUGCGUCAUGUGCUGUGGGCUUUCCUCACGAUUUGAGGUCUGAACCGUUUUGUGUGAAGAACACAAAUUUCAACUUAAGACCAGAGACUCAUCAAUUUAGUGAGAAAAUUGUGAAACUAGGCGUCUUACUGCCCGGUGAUCCUAGAGAAGUGUUCUCUCUGGCAAAAGUAUUGCCUAUAGUGGAGUUGGCUAUACCGGCCUUGACAGCGAACGACGGUCCGCUACCGGGAUGGAAAAUAUUAGUGGAUUAUAGGGACACUAGAUGUUCCUCGGUCGAAGGACCUCUUGCUGCUUUUGAAUUUUACGUGAACGGUUCAGCUGAUGCCUUUAUUGGACCUGGCUGUGAAUAUGUGAUCGCUCCGGUUGCGAGGUACGCAGGUUUAUGGCAUAUCCCAGUUAUCACAGCGGGUGCUCAGGCCGAAGCCUUCACGUACAAACAUCCCAGCUACAUGACCUUGACCAGAAUGAUGGGCAGCUACACCCAAGCAGGAGUUGCCAUUCGAAAAAUAUUCGAGGAAUUCAAAUGGCGGAAACUGGGCAUGUUGUACCACAACAACAUCCUAUCAGCGGGCAAAGGCAACAGCCCUUGUUUCCUGACGCUCAGCGCAAUAUUUACAGUCCUCGAGAAGAAAGACGACACAAUACCGAUAGUGCCGUUCGACGAAACGAACACGACGUCGUCGAAACUCAAAGAGAUCCUCCAAAAGCUAUCGUUAAACACGAGAAUUGUGGUGGUCUGUGCCAAUCCUAGCACUGUUCGGGAAAUAAUGUUGGCCGCUGAUGAUCUCAACAUGGUGUCUUCGGGCGAAUACGUGUUCUUCAAUAUAGAACUGUUUUCGAACUUGGCUUCAGCAUCAUCAAAGGAGCCCUGGAAAGUAGAAGGUGAUACCGACGAAAGGAAUGAGAAAGCGAGACGCGCAUAUAGUGCAGUCCUUACCGUUACGAGCCCCGUUCCAGAAAAGAAAGAAUAUUUGGAGUUCUCUGAUAAGGUCAAAGACCUUGCCGCUACGAAAUACAACUACACGUUCGGCAAAGAAGAGAUUGUGUCUACGUUCGUAGCGGCGUUCUACGAUGCGGUCCUCCUCUACGCGUUGGCCUUAAACGACACUCUACGACAGGCCAACGACCCCCGUGGCCAACUAGAUGGCGCUGCUGUUAUUAGGAACAUGUGGAAUAGGACAUUUCAAGGGAUCACGGGAGAAGUCAUAAUUAACGAAAAUGGCGACCGUGUUGCGUCAUACUCCUUACUGGAUAUGAACCCCAAUACGAGCAAAUUCGAGGUGGUUGCAACAUACAUAGCAGCGAAUGCAUCUCUGCAAUUCGUCGAAAACCGCCCAAUUCACUGGGCGGGCGGGCGGACCAGUCCGCCGCCUGAUACACCGAGAUGUGGCUUUGAUGGUUCCCUGUGUCCUGAUACUUCGUUACCGGUGUAUGCAAUUCUUAGCAUCGUGCUGAGCUCCGUAGUGGUCAUCUUGGCAAUCCUUUCAGUAUUUAUUUAUAGGCAUUACAAAUUAGAAGCGGAAAUAGCAAUGAUGACUUGGCGAGUAAGCUGGAGUGACGUCUUGAUCGGAGCCAGCAGGUUCCCUGGAAGCCUUCAUUCACUCGCUCGAAGGUAUAGCUCAGGGACCGCUUAUUCAGACGAGGGCAUGUCGUUGGCUGGCGAUCGACAAAUUUACGCGCCCUGCGCUUUCUAUAAGGGCUGCCGCGUCGCUAUCAAGAAGGUCGAUAAGCAACGCAUCGAUCUAACUCGUCCUUUGCUUUUGGAGCUUAAAAAGAUGAAAGAUUUGGAACACGAUCACUUGGCGAGGUUUUAUGGCGCGUGCGUCGACCCACCGCACUGCUGUCUGCUGACUGAGUACUGCCCGAAAGGCUCGCUGCAGGAUAUUCUAGAAAAUGAUACUAUAAAGCUAGACUGGAUGUUCAAAGUCAGUUUGAUGCACGAUAUUGUGAGGGGUAUGCACUACCUUCACGGAACGGACAUCCGGUCGCACGGCGCAUUGAAGUCGAGUAAUUGCGUUGUUGAUUCGCGUUUCGUUCUCAAAAUAACCGAUUUCGGCCUCAACGCAUUGAGGACUUCCGAAAAGGAUAUGCGAGCUCAUAGUUAUUGGACACGUCUUCUGUGGACGGCUCCUGAAUUGCUCAGGACGCCCGAUCCUCCCCCCGAGGGUUCGCAGAAGGGGGACGUUUACUCUUUCGCCAUUAUCAUGCAUGAAAUAGUCAAUCGGCAAGGGGUGUUCUGGCUAGGCCCUGGCAUUGAAAUGUCACCCAAAGAAAUAAUCGAAGCGGUCAGAAGUGCUGGGUUCCGACCGAACACGACACAUCACAGAUCGUGUGAGGCUGAAGAUGCAACCGAGCUGAUGCGACGGUGCUGGGCCGAGGACCCCGCUGAGAGGCCGGACUUCGCCCACUUGAAACAUGCUAUACGGAGGCUCAAUAAAUCCCAGGAAAGCAGUAAUAUUCUCGACAACCUGCUAUCCCGUAUGGAACAAUACGCGAACAACUUGGAAACAUUAGUUAGCGAGCGGACACAAGAUUACUUGGAAGAGAAGAAGAAGUGCGAGGAAUUGCUGUACCAGUUAUUGCCGAAGUCUGUUGCGUCCCAAUUAAUCAACGGGCAGUCUGUGGUGGCUGAAACGUUCGAGCAAGUGACCAUUUAUUUCUCUGACAUAGUCGGUUUCACUGCGCUCUCCGCGUCCUCUACUCCAAUGCAAGUUGUGGAUCUUCUCAAUGACUUGUACACUUGUUUCGACUCUAUUGUAGAGAACUACGACGUUUAUAAGGUAGAGACGAUAGGAGAUGCGUACAUGGUCGUGUCAGGGUUGCCAGAACGGAAUGGAACACGCCACGCCUGCGAGGUGGCCAGAAUGGCGCUGGCAUUGCUGGAUGCGGUCAGGCGCUUCAAGAUCAGGCAUAGACCCCAGGAUCAGCUAAAGCUGAGGAUCGGAUUGCAUUCUGGUCCGUGUGUAGCUGGCGUGGUGGGUUUGAAAAUGCCCAGGUACUGUCUGUUCGGAGAUACGGUGAACACGGCUUCGCGGAUGGAGUCAAAUGGUGAAGCCUUGAAGAUUCACGUGUCACCGACGACUAAAGCCUUGCUUGACACUUUUGGGACUUUCAAGUUGGAGUGCAGGGGGGGAAGUUGCUAUGAAGGGGAAAGGAGUUCUAGUCACAUACUGGUUGCUGGGCGAAAUCUACGACCCGAACGCGCCAAAAGAAAAACCGUUGCUAAAGCUGCAAAACCAGUUGUACAACAGUGGCUCGCUCUCUCACCUAACACCAUUCAAACAGCGACUAGAAAACACUUCAAGGUCAUCCAGCAGGCGAGGCUCCGGCGUCUUCCACCCGAAGCCAGACCUGGUGAAGCUGGAGAGGGAGGCGCAACCACUGCUCCAAGUUGUCAAAAUGCAAAGGCAGCUAUCCGACCCCACCGAGCCCGUAGCGAACGGAGACCACACCGACGACGAUAA